CUGUCAAAGCAUUGAAUCAAUGGGCACUUCCAGUCUAAACAUCACAAAAUAAUCAUAAUUUUAUAUUAAAAACGUAACAGAAUGAGCUCAACCAGUCGCAAGGGUCCCAUCGUGGACCCUGGCUUGUGUCGAUGUUGCGGCGGACUUAAGAAAUGUCGCCUUUUAAACGUGGAAUACGAAUGGCAGGGACAACGAGAGGUGUAUUCAGAAAUGUUCGUCGAUUGUUUCGGAUUACUGCAGCUCUCUCACCUAGAGGGUCCGGAGAGCGAGCGCGUGAUCUGCGCGACGUGCGUGGUGCGGCUGAGGGACGCGCGCGCCUUCCGCCACCAGGUGCUGCAGUGCGAGGAGAGACUGCUAAACGCCUCUGUAUUUAUACAUGACGAUAAUGAUGAGCAACUCAAAAUGGAGUUGGAUAUCAAACAAGAGCCAGACCCAGGUGCAGAGCCACUAGCGCACUCUGAUGGCGAAGACCACCUGACAGACCCCAUAGAGGAUAACAGGCCGAAUAUGAACAUUACGGUUACGAUCAAAGAAGAGGAGUGUCCCAAAGAAGUAGCCAAUGUAGAUCCACCAGAUGAUGAAACCGAGCGUGCCAAGACGGAAAUGUUGGUCAAGUUAAAGAAAAUGCAAGAAAAACUCAAUAAAAUGCAGAAUGUAGAUGGUAUUCCAGAACAAGUUCCAGAAAUCGCCCGCCCGAUCUCACCUCUACAACGCCGGCCUCUAACCAUAGACAAAGACCUCCACAUACUACGCAACACUAUUAAAAUAGUGGAGAAUUCCUACGUCUGUCCAUUCAUGACGGUCUUCAGCGACUACCAUUGCGUAUACUGCAACGAAAUGUUCAUAGAUCCCAACCAAUUAAGAGACCACACCAUGACCCACGACCCUAAAACUUACAAAACUGUGGUCAACACGAAAAAACUAGCGCAACUUGAUAUAGACCGAAUCGAUUGUAGACUGUGCGACGAAAAAAUCGAUUCAAUCGAUACUUUUAAAGAGCACAUCACUAGUGUACACAAAAAAACGCUAUAUAAGGAUGUUCAUAAUGAAUUCAUGACUUUUAAAUUAAAACAUGGGACUUUAACUUGUGUCGAAUGUGGGAAGAAUGUUGGUUUCUUUCACGCGUUAAAAAAACAUAUGGCUGAACAUUUCGGUACGUACAUUUGUGAUGUCUGCGGCGCCCAUUACUUCGAAGAAAGACACUUGAUCAUCCACAAAAAUACACAUAAUAAUAAUCGCAACGUGCAAACUUAUCCGUGCGACGAAUGCGACAAAAUAUUCAAAUCGAAAAACAGCAGAAACUUUCACGUAGCAAGGAUUCACAAGAACGAACCCGCGUACCCGUGCAACAAAUGCGAAGAGGUUUUCAUAUCGUACCAUAAGAGGUACAGACAUAAAAUGACGGUACACGGAGAAAAAAGAUGUUAUCCAUGUGAAGGCUGUGACAAGAUAUUCAACAGCCGAAAGGCCGUAAGGGAACAUAAUCAAAAAACUCACUUACAAUUAUUACGUCACGAAUGUAAUAUUUGUGAUAAGAAGUUCUACCUACCCUCCGCGCUAAGGGAUCAUAUGACGUCACAUACCGGUGAACGUAAUUUCCGGUGUGAAUUUUGCGGGAAAAAUUACCCGAGAUCCAAAGCCUUGAAAGUUCACAUACAGUCCCAUAAUACGGAGAAAAAGUUUCAGUGUAGUCUUUGCCCGUCGUCUUACACACAGAUAACGAAUUAUAAAAAUCAUUUGCGGAAUAAACAUCCGUUUCCGGAAGGGGAGGUGUAUCGGUAGAUUUUAAAGUUAUGUGGUUAGUUAUACUAGUAAAUGUCCCACUGCUGGGGAAAUCAUUGAUAACCACACAUGAUAAUUUAUUUUAUUUCAUUGAAAAAAAGUGGGAAAAAUGUCGAAUGGUCUAGCAAUCUCGGUUCAUAAAAUAGAGCAUGGUGACAAACAGACAAACAGUUAUGUAAAAAAACAUAUGUGAAGAAAAUAAGUACUUAAAAUAUAGACUUAACUAAGUUUAAGAAAAAAUCAUUUUUAUUGUAUAAGAUACCAGUGGACUACAUUAUGUUAUUAAGGCCUGAUUUUUCAAUCGUCAGAUAACUUUUAUUUGAGGAAUAAAUAUGGCAAAACUGUC